AUGAGGUUACCGCACAACCAGCACGCACACAGCCAGACAGCGAGCGCUAUCUCUGAUUCUACGGCGUUUGGACCAGAUGCACCCCUAUCACCAGAGACUCGAGGGUUCGUUGAUCUAACCCGGAAUGUCUUAUCUAUCGCUUCAUGGUGUGUAGCAAGAGAGUGUAUGGUAUUUCAAACGCGUAUCUCGUAAAAAGAGAAAAAUGCGCAGGUGGCCGGCUCAACGCUCAUGUCAACAUCAAGAAGAAAUUUUUGAGUUGUCUGCGACUGAGUUGACAACUGCUAGGUUGACUUUGGAUUCUCCAAAUCAUCACAAGCACCACUUGAGUAUCCCAGACUGCCAGUCCACGGUGACUGUUAAACCUCAAACUCAGAUCCCAACUGUAACACCAACAAAAAACAUACGUCCCCAUUCUAGACCCUCCCCCAUCAUGGCUUUGUUCACCCCCGGGCCUAUCGUUUCCCACGUCCUCAUGGUCCUCGUGGCCAUGUUGAAUAUUUGUAUUCUAUCUUACGAUGCUGGAAUGAUCAACAACUUGAACUCGGUUAAGCCAUACCAAGAUUACUUCAAGUUGAACAGCGAUAUGAUCGGACUGAAUGUUGCUAUCAUCAGCGCCGGUUCGAUCUUCGGCGCUCCGAUAGUGGGUCCCGUGGUUGAUCGUUGGGGACGGAAGAUCGGCCUUGCAGUGGGCUCCAUCUGCAUCAUUCUCGGAGUUGUACUUCAAGCUUCAGCCUCGGGGGUUCCACAGCUCAUCGUCGGCCGCUUCAUCAUCGGUUUUGCCUCCCUCGUUAAUGGUUCGAUCGCCCCCAUGUGGGUUAUGGAGGUGGCGGCGCCGAAAUAUAGCUCGAUUCUAUCGAGCACCGUCUUGACAUCCGUACCAUUCACAUCGUUCUUAGUCAGUUGCAUCGUCCUGGGCAUCUAUGACAAGCAGUCCAACUGGGCAUGGAGAGGGCUUAUGCUUGGAGAAGCAGUACCUUCUAUUAUAUCUCUGUGUCUCUUACCAUUUGUGGACGAAAGCCCACGCUGGCUGUUUUCCAAGGGCCGCCAUGACGAGGCGAUAGAGGUCCUCGCCCGAUUACAUGCAAACGGAGAUCGCGAUGAUGCUACAGUACUUCAAGAAACACAAGAGAUUGUCGCGGCUCUAAACCACGAGAAGGAGGGUGAUGGAGGAUGGAAGGAUUUGAUUGCACCAUCCCCGAACUUGAAGCGAUUUACGAUUGCCGUUCUGACAAAUAUCUUCUAUCAAAUAUUGGGCGGAAACAUGAUCUUAUACUUCUCAUCCUUCCUCAUUGGAAAACUAGGUGUUUCCGAGAGAAAGUCCGUAAUCCAGAUCAACAUAGGUUUACUACUGUGGAAGGCCUUUUGCAGCGUGGGCGGUGUCCUCCUGAUCGACAAGAUAGGAGCUCGCAAGCCAUUGAUUACCGGGACGUUCGCCACAGUUGUUCUGUUGGGCAUUCUGGCUGGCCUGUCUUACCUAACCGAGAUUCAUCCCGAGACUAACGCAUACGCCAUCGGCGCGAUUGUCGUUGUUGCCCUGUUCUUACUUGCAGUCGCUGCAAGCUGGAGCAUCUUGGCCUACACAUACCCUCCAGAAGUGCUACGAUACUCUCAGCGCGCCAAAGGCGUCGUGGUUGCGCAAGCAAUCGGGUACGCGUUCAGCUUUCUCAACCUUUACACCACUCCGCUAGCCAUCGAUAGAAUCUCCUGGAGAUACUAUGCAAUCAAUGGUGGCUGGAACCUUGGAAUAUUGUUCGUUGUAACAUGGUUGUUCGUCGAGACCAAAGGCAGGACCUUGGAGGAGAUGGAUGAAAUCUUCGAUGGAGUCGUCUACUCGAACAACGUCAUCAUCGAUGGCCAGAACUCCAAGAGUGAUUUGGGAAAGGACGUCGGUGAUAGUAGCAGCUUGGCUAAGAGGAAGCUUAGCAGGGUCAGCACCCGUGAAUAGGGCAGAUGAGACUCCCUUGAUUGAACGGACUCGGAUGCGAUCAUUUAGCAGGCAUUGCAAUGGGCUAUUGGAUAUCUCUGUAUGGUUUAAUAACAAUAUCACCAGCGUGAACGAGUUUGAAUGAUUUCUCAUCAAUUUGUUUUUUGCUAUGCGUU